CAGCGAUCUCCAACUCGCACCCGAUCGUCUGCCCUCGCCUGUUCCUCCAAGCGCCCAGCGGCUCUGCCUUAGUCAUGAGCUCCACCGUCUCCGAUUCCACCACGCCGGUGUUCAAAGCGCCCCUGCCGGUUUCCGCCAACAAGCCCUCGUCCUCGCUCUCAAACCCCAGCCGCAUCCCUGUCCUUCGCGGCCGGCCGUCGUCGUCGCGGCUACAGCCGACGGUGGUUGAAUCGUCAUCCGACGAAAGCGACGAGCAAGAGAGCGUGGACGAAGACGAGGAAGAUGACGGUGAUGACGACGACGAGCAUAUUGGCUCUACUGGCCUUGGCGGCAAGAUCGCCAGCGAGCCGUCGUUUCAGCAGGCUCGGUCGGAAGCUCCUGUACUCCACGUCGUUCCUGUUGCCGCAGAGCCGUAUCCAAAGCCCAUCAAGAAGGGUCCCUUUGCCAAGUUCAACAGCAAGAGCCAAGGAUUUUCGAGUCCGACCGACAAGCUCAUGAGCCCGGCCACACAGAAAAUCGAAGCGCAGCGACACCGCCUUGCUCAGACAAUCAAGCCACGAAACCUUGGCAACGAGCUUGCCCUGGCGCAAGCUGGCGGCGACGGCGACGACGACGACGAGUAAUCCGCCCUGUCUUCCGCCUUCCCCGCCGCUGCCCUCUAUAGCCACCUCCGUUUGCAAUCCUCUCCCUUCUCCUCACUCCUUUGUUCUGCUUUGGAUGCCUCGUAGCACAUAAUGAAUCGGUAUAUACAUGCGAGCCGCAUGAGGCGACGAGGCUCUUGACUCGAUGCUGG